GGGCCUUGUAAUGAACCGGGAGAUAAUGGAGUGUCCCAGGGUAGAGCCCUCGCCCUGGGCUCGUCCCCAGGCAGCAGAUAGCACGCCAGCCAGCCUUGCCCCCUGCCCCUUGGGAACCCCAGAUAAGGCUCCAGGCUGUUCCUCCCACAGCUGCUCCCAGGAUCUCCAGCAGGCAUCUGCUCUCGCUGAACGCUCAGCUGCCUGCAGAGCUCUUCACUAAGUGGGACUGAAACCUGCCCUGCCCCCGUUCAGGAAGCAAGGACAGGGUAUGGAGUCAACAAACUGGAGGGGAUGCUCCGCCCCCUAGUGGACGAGGGGCUGAAGUGCGUGUUGAUCUUUGGCGUCCCCACUAAAGUCCCCAAGGAUGAAAGGGGCUCAGCUGCCGACGUUGAGAACACCCCAGCCAUCCAGGCCAUAAAGAAGAUCUGUUCCUCCUUCCCAGAGCUACUGGUUGCCUGUGACGUCUGUCUGUGCCCCUAUACCUCUCACGGGCACUGCGGAAUCCUGCGGAAGGAUGGCACCAUCCAGAAUGAGGCCAGCUGCCAGCGGCUGGCAGAGGUGUCGCUAGCCUAUGCUAAGGCAGGAUGCCACAUCGUGGCCCCCUCAGACAUGAUGGACGGACGCAUCGCAGCCAUGAAAGAGGCUCUGAUCUCCAAUAACAUGGGCAACAAGGUCUCUGUGAUGAGCUACAGUGCCAAGUUUGCUUCCUGUUUCUAUGGCCCUUUCAGAGACGCUGCGCUGUCCAAACCUGCAUUCGGAGAUCGACGAUGUUACCAGCUUCCCCCAGGCGCCCGAGGCCUGGCCCUGCGAGCUGUGGACCGAGAUGUGCGGGAGGGAGCAGACAUGCUGAUGGUGAAGCCGGGGAUGCCCUACCUCGACCUCGUGAGAGAUGUCAAGGCCAAACAUCCCACCCACCCGCUGGCUGUUUAUCACGUGUCGGGGGAGUUUGCCAUGCUGUGGCAUGGAGCACAGGCAGGGGCCUUUAACCUAAAGGCUGCUGUCAUGGAAGUGAUGACCGGGUUCAGGCGAGCAGGAGCUGAUAUCAUCAUUACCUACUAUGUGCCCCAGCUCCUGAAGUGGCUGAAGGAGGAACAGGCGUGAAGUGCCUGAGUGAAGACAACACACAGAAGGAAACCUGCGAGGACCGGAAAGGACUGAAAUGCAAAAUGAGGAUUUUUGUGGGGCCUUAGAGAUACAAGGCUGAAUCCAGCCCCAGCGUAAGCCGGUCCAGCACCACUGGCGGCAGGGGUGCUGCACCUGCCUACGCUAAAGCUGACUUUAGCCCAAAGAACGCAAAGGAAAGCAAUAUUUUAAAAGUGUUAUUUUAGAACUGGGCUUAAUGCUGAGACCCUCCCCUGGCAGCAAAAUGCCUUAGGACCAGAACUGAUCUCCCCAGGGACCCACCUUGGAGAGGCACCUUCUUAAUGUGAUUGUUUAUUUUAAUGUGUCGCUGUGUGACACCAGAUGGGCAAUUUUUGAGAUUCUUCGUAAAGGAAGUGCCCAUUCCUGACCACUCCUCUACCCCAAUGUCCUUCUCAGUGUAGCCUGGGUAUUGGUAACACAGUGAAGGCUGAUGUGGGGCAGUUCACCUGCACAUUGGUCACAGGAGUGCUAGUUCAUUGGGGGUGUCUCAAGUGUUCACUGCAGAUGUUCUCCCUGCAGUAUACUAGUGAAAUAAUUCCUUUUCUACAGCCCACAGCAGAGCUUUGCUCUCAUCUGCUUGGGCUUUCUGCACCAAAACACUGUCUGAUUCACAACCAUGGAAGCAGCAAUUAAUGGCCAGAGGCAGUGCUGUCAGCCAGACACUGCAUUGACACUCUAACACGUUCCUCUUCUGAACACGCUGUUUCAAACUUUUUAAUACCCCAAGAUGCUUCAGAGCCCUUAGGGAGGAGGGGGUUCCCCUCCACACAUGCUUGUGCCUCAAAUCUGUUGUCAUUGUGUGGAAUAGGGAAUGUUGACCUGGUUCUGAGCUGUGGCCCUGCUGUCUUGAGGGCAACAGGGCAUGUGGGGCUAAGAAGUGACCUCAAGGGCCUUCAGAAGUAUAAUGUCCUGAUUGCUAAUGGGCCAUUGCACGUUCUGUCUAACAUUGCUAGGGGUUCUUUUAGCCCUGAGCACCCAGAAGACCAGCUCCCAGCACUCACAUUGGCUCUGUCAACUCGCAGUUCAGCUCUGGCCAUUGAUUCCCUAAAAGGACGCUGUCACGUUAUCCAGAAGUAUUGUGAAAAUUAAUCUUUCUUUAAAAACCAAGAGCACUAGAAAUGUUUCCCUAUUUUAAAAAUUCCAAUGAAAAUAAUUGUUUUAACCCACUGCUUGUUCCUGUGCCCCGUUUCAAACUCAGCACUGCAGCAGGCAGAACCAGGCAGUGAAAGUUGCCCUACUGGCUCUGCUGUCCAAUGCACACUUUAAAGUUACUUCACCCUAACAGUCCACUGUGGUGGUAGUAACAUAGCUGAGUACUUUAAUAUGUACCGUGGUUCUUAAGUUGGUCAUACUAUUAUGAAGUCUAGAUGUUAUAGAUUAGUUGCUAGAACUACUCUGCUUUGUUAGUCUCUAGCAGCAGUGUCUGAUAUUCAAUGCCUGGAGUGAGUUCAACUGAAAAUU